UAAAGUCUUGAACAGUAGAGAAGAAAACAUUUACCGGAAUAAUUGUGAAUCGAAUCACCACAACGAUAAACCAGGCACUUCAGCUCCAUCACUGCAAUGGAGGAUUAUUAUUUCAUUUUGGAAUAUCCGAUGAGAGUGAUUUCUCUGGUCUUCUUCUACCUGACCUUGAUCCUCGGUGUUCCUGGAAAUGCCUUUGUCGUGUAUGUUGCUGGAUUGAAGAUGAAGAGGACUGUUAAUACAGUAGGGUUUCUGAAUCUAGCGAUUGCUGACCUCUUGUGCUGCCUUUCCACUCUUUACUAUGUGAUCGAGAGCAAAUUUAAUGAACACUGGCCGUACGGAUCCAUCAUGUGCAAGAUUUUCCACUUCGUUCUGCACAUCACCAUGUUUGCCAGCGUUUUCACCUUGAACUUGAUUAGUCUGGAUCGAUUUACUCUGGUGAUCACACCGGUUUGGGCUCAGAAUCAUCGCAGCUUGUUCAUGGCACGACUGUCCUGUGCAGGGGCCUGGAUUCUGGCUUUAAUUCUCAGUCUGCCUUUUAUGAUUUUAAGAGAGAUUAAAACAGUAAAUAAUAACACAUACUGCCUGCAUUAUCAACGAGAUAUAGACAGAUACUAUUUUAAGAUGUAUAGAAGGAUAAGCGUCAUCAGAUUUGUGUUUGGCUUUUUGGUUCCUCUCAUGUGCAUCACAACAUGCUACGGAUUCAUCGCACGCAAGUUAGGCAGGAGUCAUUUUCACUCUGGACGAGCGUUUCGCAUCAUGCUGGCUGUAAUUGUGGCCUUUUUUCUGUGCUGGCUGCCGUAUCACAUAGUGGAUUUGAUAAUAAUGUACGGAGAAGACUCAAGUUCCUUGGUAGCUUUGGCAGUGGAUCCCCUGGCUGUCUCUUUGGCGUAUUUCAACAGCUGUCUGAACCCCAUUCUGUAUGCUUUCAUGGGGCAUGAUUUUAAGAGCAAUGUUAAACUUUCUCUAAGACGUGUUUUUGAAAGAGUUUUCUCUGAGGAGGGAACACAAAUGACACAAACCACCCAGUCACAGCAAACCCACUCACUGUAG